AUGUCUUGUUGCAAAAAAUACUAUCAAGGUCAAACGGACUUGAAACCAUUGUUUGAUGCCACCAUGAUGGCCUUUGUAGCUCGAAUCAUGAUUUCCAAAAAGAUCAAAACAAAUCGUGCAUCCGUAGCAACAGUGUAUGCAACCACAUUAUCGUUCCUUCCUUUGGUCAAUUUAUUGACGAAGAUCGAGAUAUAUAAUAUGGUGGAAUGUGGAAUGACAACUGUGGUGGGAUUUUUGAUUUCGAUGGCAGGUGCGGAACCCAAUAUGCAUCACAUGGUAUUGGUAGGAGUGGGAUGGGGUUUAAAAAUUUUCAAAGACAUUUUUUACUACCUCCACGAGGAAAUUGGGUUUGGUGAUUGGAUGGAUUGUGACAUUAUAUUACAAAAUUGGUUUGUGUGGACAAACAAGAAAAUUGAGGAAAGAAAAUACCAUCAAAGUUCUAUGCGCAACAUCAAUCCAACAAUACUGGUCUUUAUUGGAUUUGGCUUAAAAAUUGUCAAAGACAUACUCGACCAUGUGAACGAGAAGAUAGGGUUUGGUUGGGUAAGGACGAAGUUUGAUGAGAUGAAAGAUUGA